AUGACUGGAUGGGGAGGGACAUGUCAGGCUUGGGCAGUCGGGGGUGUGUCGUCCCAUUCGGGACGUCACAUCAACCUCCUGGAAUUGGAAACGGUUCUACUGGUUCUGACCCACUUCGUGUACACCCUACGGGGGCACGACCUGCUGGUCUGGUCAGACAACAGAACGACAGUAGCCUAUAUAAAUCGCCAAGGGGGAGUCAGGUCUCUCGCACGCCACCGGUUGGCGGAGGAAUUGUGGCUGUGGGCUCACGAGCACCUUCGCUCGUUGACAGCAGCACACAUCCCAGGCUGUCAGAAUAUCGGGGCAGACCUCAUGUCUCGAGGUGGUCCCAGAGACGACGAGUGGCGACUGCACCCCGAGAUUGUUCUCCAAAUAUGGAAACGGUUCGGGAGAGCCGAGGUGGACCUGUUCGCGUCACGUGUGAACGCGCAAUGUCCCCUAUGGUUUCCUCUACGAGCCCAGGACGAACCGCCACUAGGGAUAGACGCUUUUGCGCACCAGUGGCCAGAGGUUCUCCUGUACGCAUUUCCACCGCUGUCCUGCAUUCUCCUACUGCUAGCCCGUGUGGGAACAGGAGGGCUGUCAAUCAUAUUGAUAGCCCCCGACCGCCCAGGGGCUCUGUGGUACGCGGAGAUGAUUCAAAUGUUGAUUGCGCCAUCAUGGCCAAUUCCACAUCGACAGGACGGGAUGUCACAGGCGGCAGGCAUGAUAGAGCAAUGGCCUCUGAUCGGCCAGCCACUGAAGGUCUGGCUCCUGAGAGGGACAGAGAAUGUGGACCCCGUGUGCUGUCAGGUUGAGAGUGUGCUCUCUUUCCUACAGUUCAUGUUUGACAAGCAGCGCUCACCCGCCAACCAUUAA